GAAAGGGACGGGAAAGAGGGAGAAAGGAGGAAGGCGGGGAGGAGGGAAGCCAAGAAGGCGGGAGAAGGGGGAGUGCGGGGGAGAAGGGAGCCGAGGCGGAAGUCGGGGGGCCCCCCUGGGUGGAAGUGACGCUACCCCCGCUGCCCAAAAUGUCGGCGCCCAGAGGGAGGUGUAAGUAAUUAAAGAGGAAAGCCGACUGACUUUCCCGGCCUCCCGGGGCCGCCUCAGGGCUCCAGAACCCCCGCUCCGUACGAGCGAGGUGGACUCGCCCGGCUGCGGGUCUAGCCUGACCUGCCCCCGCCCCGGGCGCCCGGGGCCGCACCUUUUAGGGACAGGGGGGAGGGGCACAAAAGGCUGGCUCUCUGGGCCUGGGUCCUCGAGCGGACCGGGUGGGGGGGCCAACCCCGCGGGCAUCAAGGUGGGGAGGAGGCGGGGCUUAAUGAUGGCUGGGGCGGAGCAACUGCUGGGAGGAGCCUUGGUGGGCGUGGUUUGGAGUGGAAAUGGGCGGGACUGUGGCGGAAAGUGGGAGGGGUUUAGGUAAAGGGGAGAGGUUUGACAAAGGGGCGUGGCUCAGUGAGACUAGUAGGAGGGCCCUAAGUUGAAGGAUCCUAAUUUGGGCUAAGUGUGGUAAUGGGGUUCUGUGUGGAGGUGCGAGGAGCUUAGAGAAGAGGGGUUUGUCUAGGGAUGUGUCUUUCAGAAAGUGGUGGGCAUAGUGAGGGGCAUAGGGUUUAAGCGUGUAAUUUGGGGCAUCUUAGUGAAAGUGGCAAGCCUUUACAGUGAAGGUGAAAUGAAUUAGGAUGGGGAGAUGCUCAGAGGGGAAGGGCUGAGAAAGCGAGAUAUGUUGAGUGGAGGGAGUCUUUGAAAGUUUGGGGCUUACUUAAAGGCUGAGUUUAAAGGAAAAAUUGAGUGGGGUUUAGGAGGCGGAUCUUGGUAGGGAAAAGAUGGUGGGACUUCAAGAAGAAACUCGAACUAACUUAGCACAUAGUUGUAAUCAAUACAGCUUACCUGUUGAGUCUUUGCUGUGAGCAGGCUUUAAAAAGCACGCAGCACACAUGGCCACGAUUCUCCUCAGUCCUCAUCACCACUCCCUGAGGUAUUAUCCCUACUUUGCAGAUGUAAAGAGAAUCAGUUGAUUUUAUCCGAGAUUCCAGGACUAGUUCUGGUCGCCCUGGAAGGUUGACUCAAGUGUCUAUAGCCCCAAAUCUUUGUCCUCUCAUUGGCUAAAAAUGUGAAUCUUCAUCUGAAGGUGACUCUCAUCUUCAAAGAGUGGGAGUGACUUUUGGAGGGAAGGGGCUUGUCAAGAGCCUUCAGGAACAACGCAGAAACUUUGGGAAGAGGAGGCGGGACCUGAACGCGAGCGGACGGGCCUUAACCACAGUGGGUGGGGCUUAGAGUGAAGCAGGGAGUCCAUUCGCAAAGGGUGGGGGAGGCUGAAAACAGUGGCACAGAAGCGAUUUGGAAGUGAUUAGGAAGACUGGCAGAUGAAUGGGGGGAGCGGUUGUAGGAUAGUGGGAGGGGCUUAAAGAGCAGUGGAUGUGGCUUGGGUGGAUGGGCACGGCUUAGCAGGUACUGGGCGGGGCUCCCAGGGACAGGUGGCGGAUCUGUGAGUCCAAGGAGCCCGAUAGGGGAGACUAAUGAGGGGGUGACUCCCUCACCCCACCCUCCAUGUCUCCCCGCUCCAGAGAGACCCCCACCCGCCACUGCCCUUGCGCCAGGCCACCAUGGAUGACGCCCCGCUGCCAGCGCCCCCGGUCCCUGCCCCCGCCCCGGCUCCGGCUCCACCCGCUGCUGCUCCCCGCGUCCCGUUUCACUGCAGUGAGUGUGGCAAGAGCUUCCGCUACCGCUCGGACCUGCGGCGCCACUUCGCUCGGCACACUGCGCUCAAACCCCACGCGUGUCCGCGCUGCGGCAAGGGCUUCAAGCACAGCUUCAACCUGGCCAACCACCUGCGCUCACACACUGGUGAGCGGCCCUACCGCUGCUCUGCCUGCCCCAAGGGGUUCCGAGACUCCACCGGCCUGCUGCACCACCAGGUUGUCCACACUGGUGAGAAGCCCUACUGCUGCCUAGUCUGCGAGCUCCGCUUCUCCUCCCGCUCCAGCCUGGGCCGCCACCUCAAGCGCCAGCACCGCGGGGUGCUUCCGUCACCCCUGCAGCCUGGCCAAGGCCUGCCCACCCUGAGCGCUCCCUGCUCUGUCUGCUGCAACGUGGGCCCCUGCUCGGUGUGCGGGGGCGCGGGGGCCGGCGGCGGAGAGGGCCCAGAAGGGGUAGGGGCGGCCGCGGGGAGCUGGGGGCUAGCAGAGGCCGCGGCCGCCGCCGCGGCCUCCCUGCCCCCGUUUGCGUGCGGCGCCUGUGCGCGGCGCUUUGACCAGGGCCGCGAGCUGGCGGCCCACUGGGCGGCGCACACCGACGUGAAGCCCUUCAAGUGCCCGCGCUGCGAGCGCGACUUCAACGCCCCCGCCCUCCUGGAGCGGCACAAGCUGACGCACGACCUGCAGGGUCCCGGCGCGCCCCCCGCGCAGGCCUGGGCCUCGGGAGCGGGUGCAGGGUCCGAGACGACCGGCGAGCGCGGCGCUGCGGAGGCGGGCGACGCUCGGCCGGCCUGGGACGGCGAGCUGCUCCCGGGCCGCGCCGGGGGUGGCGUGCCCGAGCUGGGGGCGCUGCUCCCCGAGGGCGGCGGGGAGGCCCCUGCGCCCGCGGCCGCGGCCGAGCCGUCGGAAGACACCCUGUACCAGUGCGACUGCGGGACUUUCUUCGCGUCGGCCGCGGCGCUGGCCAGCCACCUGGAGGCGCACUCGGGCCCGGCAACCUAUGGCUGCGGCCACUGCGGGGCCCUGUACGCGGCCCUGGCGGCCCUGGAGGAGCACCGGCGCGCCAGCCACGGCGAGGGAGGCGGUGCGGAGGCGACGGCGCCGGCCCCAGGCGGGGAGCCCGCGUCUGGAGAGCCUGCGUCCGGCUCGGGCCGCAGCAAGAAGAUCUUCGGCUGCUCCGAGUGCGAGAAGCUGUUCCGCUCGCCGCGAGACCUGGAGCGGCACGUGCUGGUGCACACGGGCGAGAAGCCGUUUCCGUGCCUGGAGUGCGGCAAGUUCUUCCGCCACGAGUGCUACCUCAAGCGCCACCGGCUGCUGCAUGGCACCGAGCGGCCCUUCCCCUGCCACAUCUGCGGCAAGGGCUUCAUCACGCUCAGCAACCUCUCCAGGCACCUGAAGCUGCACCGGGGCAUGGACUGAUGUGGCCAGGCCAGGCACCCUUCCACCAGACCACCCCUUCUGGGGGCUGGGCUCAGGGCCCGGGCCAGGGGACCUCGGGACUACGAGGGAGGCCCAGGCCCUCCAAAUCCAGAGGCCACCUACAAAGACCUACAUGGGCCCCUGAGCUGGGAAACAGCAAAUAAAUGGAGAGACCCCUCAGCUCGAGGAUCCCAGAUCUGUGGAGAGACUCCUGAACUCGAGGCCCCUGGAGUGCGUGCUAGGCACCCCCAAAUCAAUAGGCCCCUAAGCUCCGGGGACCUAGGAAUGAGAAAUGGGUGUCCACACGUACUUCUCAUAUUAAGGGCCCUAAUAAGAAAGAUGGGCACCCCCUCCCCCAAGGGAAGACUGCCCCUCUCCCUAAGAGCCAUCAUUCCAACAACCUUGAUCUGGAGAAUGUGGGGGAACCGUGUCCCUGGAUUUCUCUGGAACCCCUCCAAAUGCUACCCACCAGAGUCACUCACUGGUGCCCCCAGAUGACAGAUACAGCCAGAAUCUGCCUUUCCCCCCACAUCGUUCUCUAUGCUGAAAGAGGACCAGGGUAGUUGCCCCCUGCCCUCAACCCCCCUCCCCAAUUAGGUCUCCCUCCCGUUCUGCGUAAUGGAUCGACCCUAAAGAUCUUCCCCACCCUCCAAAACUAGAAUAGGCUGGUUCAAAAUUCCCCCGCCCAGUAGGAUGGACUGAUCCAGAAACACGUAGCCCCCCUCCUCCACUGGAGUGGGCUGGCCCAGGCCUGCACCUCACCCUCCUUAGAGUGAAUACCACAGACACUCCUUCCUUCCUGUAGCGUGUGGGCUGGUCCACAUCACUCCCCAUCCUGUGAACUCGUGAAUGGGAAGUGGUGGAUAUUGGGGUAUCCCUCCCGCUCUUCUGUAGCGCCUGUUGGUCUUUCUCUCCAUCUCUGUCAGUUUGUCUCUGUGUUCCUCCCAACCCCAAGGGGAAGGGGAUUUGGUUAGGGGGGCUCGCCCUGUGAGCCUCGACCUCGCUCCCUUGUCCCACUCCCCAACGUCUCCUGGACCCCAAUAAACCUCUUCCUGUCAUUCA